AUGCAGAUUUAAAAGACAUAAGAAAUAAUACAUAAUAUAAAUUUGUAUGACGAAAGAGAUCAAUAUGUAAUAUAGAUAUAAUUUAAUGAAGAAGGUUCAAGAGAAGAGUAAAAGCCAGAAAGAAUAAGUCAUUAUUUAAUUCAGGGAAUAGACUUUAUAACAGAUAAUUAAAAUUUAAAAAUUUAACUCAAUAAAAAUGAGCUUAAAGAAAUAAAUCCUUAUAUUUUACUUCAAAAGCUGAUUGAUAAAAUAUAUCAUAUGAGCGCACUCUUUAAAUAGUAAAAGGAUUUCUUUAGGUACUCACCUAUAGUCAAAAAUGUCAGCUUUAACUGGAUUUAUAUUGAUUUAGAAUUGUAAUUUUUUGAGAAACCUUCUUCUCAGCAUUAAAUUUAGAUAUAAGAAACAUUUAAGGCAAGACUCUCAAAUAUACUUUAUACAGACUUAUUGAAAGAAAUUAAUUUAAAAAUUUCAGAUGAAAGCUCAUUUUAUUAAGUACAAAUUAUCAAAAAAAUAACAGAUAAAGAAUAACAAAAGUAUAGUCCAGAAAUGCUAGAAGAUAAUUUUUUCAUGAAUCAAGUUUAUAGUAUGAAUGAACCUAUAGUUCAUCAGCUAGAACUACUUUGUUUAAUACUCUACUUAAUCAAUUACGAUAUCAAUAAAAACAAAUAAUAUUACAUGGAAGAUUACUUUGAUUUUUUACUUUUUAGUAAACGUAUCAAGCAUUUACCAUAAAAUAGAUCAGUGUGUUUGUAUAUUACAAGAGUGGUUUAAACCUACUAAAAUGACUACUUUUAAGAAAUAGCAACUAAUCCUUUCAUAAUAUAUAAAAGUAUGCCUUUUUCGCUAACGUUUUAUAUUUAAGACUGUAUAGAAUGUUAAACAAUUUCAAAAAAAAUAAGUGAAUAUGUAAGUAUUUCUCAUUAAAUGCAAUUAUAGAAUAUAGACCCUGAGUAGAUUAAAUAAAAAAAAGAAAUUUAUGAAAACUAAAUUUCAGAUUUAAAAUAAAAAGUUUAAUAGCAUACAAGAGUGAUAAACUUGCAGAUAAAUGUCAUUUAAGACAUUUUCUAAAACUAAUAUUAAUACAAUGAUAAGAUUUGUUAAUAUAUGUAUACAUAUUUAAAGACUCUUCAGACAUUAUAUUCUCGAUUUUUUACUUAACUAGAAAAUAUUCUUAACCCUACUAAGAAUUAAACCUUGAAAAUAUUUGAACCCUUUGAAUCUAAUUUUAUUGGUACUAUCUUCAACAGAUAGAGUCAUUCCAUAUAAAUUCGAGUUAUUUUAACUGAUUAAGAUAAAUUAGAUAUUUUUUAUAAGAAUUUAAAAAGCUAUACCUGUUAAAUUUAGAAAUUGUUAAGGUAGGUAUAUUUUAUGAAUCUUAUAGGAAAAGAUCCAAAUGAUCUUGAGAGUCUUAAUGUAAAUUAGCCAUAAUUUAAUUUCGAUCUAAAUGAUGAUAUGAUAAAUUAGCAGAUUGCUUUUGAAAUAAAAAGAUAUGGAUUAUUAUUUAGCAUUGUAGUUAAACCAAAAUUUAUAAAUUAAUCAAAAAUUCUAUUUUGUGACAUUUUAUUUAAGUAAGCUCUUGAUUCUAAUAAUACUUAAAUUUUUAAAGAAAAUAAAGAUAUACGCUUUUAAGAUCUAAUUAAACUUAUGUUUAAAUCAGUUUACAGCUUUGAAAUUGAUUAGAUGCCUAUUUAAAAUCAAAUUAAACAUAUGACAAAUUAUUAUGAUCUAAUUUGUUAAUUUCUUAAAAACUAAGAUGAUGAGCUUUAUAUUUAAAUUAUUAAAAGUCUUGAAGAAUUAGAUAAAAAUAAUAUAUUUACUGACUUUUCUAAAAAAGAUCUUGAUAUUAAAAAUAUAGAAGGUAAAGGAUUUUAAUAACCUAAAUACUUGUUUGAAAUUAAAUCUUUUUACGAGAUGAUCAAUUACUAAAGGUUUUUUACAUUUUCCAUUAAAAUAUACUUUGGUAAAUGUAUUCAAAAUAAACUUUUCAUAUUGAUGGAAAUAAAACCUAACGAAGUUGAAGUAAAAUAAAUCUAAGUAGCUGAUAUUUAAUAGCAUAUAAAAUAUUUUAUGAAUAAAUACACCAUAUUUUAGUGA